CUAUAUAAUCUCCACUCACACGGCCCCCCCUAGCACUCCAUAACUCACCCUGUGAGAACCUCACUCUCCUAAAAAUCCUUCCUACCCAAUACCCUAAAAAACUCAUAACUUCUUCAAAGGCUAAUUUUUAUAAAGACUAGAGAUGAUGGUUCAAAAGGAAGAUUUGGGUUUGAGUCUAAGCCUCAACUUUCCCCUCAAUACCCCAAAUCCUCAACAUCUCACUCUCAUGUCCUCCUCUACUCACUCCUCUUCUCCUUCUGCUUGCAAUCCUCACAAACCCUCUUGGAAUGAAGCUUUCGCUUCUUCGGAUCGAAACUCGGAAACAUGCAGAGGCGAAACGCGGUCGUUCCUGCGCGGAAUCGACGUGAAUCGGUUACCUUCCAGCGUAGAGUGCGAGGAGGAAGCAGGAGUUUCGUCUCCAAACAGCACCGUUUCGAGCGUGAGCGGAAAACGAAGCGAGAGGGAACCCAACGGCGAAGAACACGCAUGUUCCCGAGGAAUCAGCGACGAAGAAGACGCUGAAACCUCAAGGAAAAAACUCAGACUCUCCAAAGACCAAUCGGCUAUUCUCGAAGAAAGCUUCAAAGAACACAACACCCUCAACCCCAAGCAAAAGUUGGCACUGGCAAAGCAACUAGGCCUUCGACCAAGGCAAGUGGAGGUGUGGUUCCAAAACAGAAGGGCAAGGACGAAGCUGAAGCAAACAGAGGUGGACUGCGAGGUGUUGAAAAGGUGCUGCGAGAAUCUGACGGAGGAAAAUAGAAGGUUGCAGAAGGAGGUUCAGGAGCUAAGAGCACUCAAACUUUCCCCUCAGUUCUACAUGCAAAUGACUCCACCCACCACCCUCACUAUGUGCCCUUCUUGCGAGCGUGUAGCGGUUCCCUCCUCCGCCGUCGAUGCUGCCACGCGUCAUCAUCCCAUGGCCCAGGCGCCUCGGCCCAUGCCCAUCGGCCCGUGGGCUUCCGCGGCCCCCGUCCCGCACCGGCCGUUUGAUGCUUUCCACCACUGAUGUUGGGGGCCUUUUGGUCAUUGUGAAUUGUUAUUAUGGGUGUUGUUGUACGGCGUAUUGUAACAGCGUGCGAGCUGUGGUCUAGGAUAUGGUCUUUAGAAGAAGGGAUUCGGUGGGUCUCCGAUGUUUUGUACCACUUUGACCCAUUAUCUUCUGUUUUCUUGUGUAUGACCUAUAUAUUAGUUAGGAGAGUUAAUUUCAGUUAUUUAUUAGUACCAAUACUUAACAGUUUUUCCCAUGUCAAGAGACUUUAUGUAAAGUGCAUUUAUCUAAUUAAAUUAUAUAGGUUUCAUUCCCAUA